CAGCAUAAUCGUCAGGAUUCCAUAUCACCGGAAUAUCAUCGUUAUUCCAGUAUUGGUAAAUUACCCAAGGCCUCAACUGUAGCGGCGGUAAAUUCAAAUAAUACAAAACAUACCGUUACCGUUGAUAUUCAUAAUAACGGCAGCAGUGGAACCAACAACAACCAUCAUCACAGCCACACCGGUACCACAUCGUCCAUCAGUUCUACAGGCACCAAUAGCAGCAGUAACGGCGGUCAUCAUCAUGGUCACCAGCACAACAAUAACGGCAACUAUAGCGAAAUUCAUGCUUCAUCAUUUGCCACACCACCGACACGCCGUCGCUUUUUCAAUCACAAAAAUUUGCGCAAUGCCUUAACGAACGGUGUCAGCGGUGUGGUUGGACAUCGUCGAACCUCAUCGAAUGGCGGCAAUAGUAGUAAUAGUAGUGGCUGUCCCAUUGAUACAUCAUCCUCGAUAUUAUCCGAAGGAAGCGAUCAUUUGGGCAAUGAGGCGGAGAAACAAAAGGACCAGCUGCGAGCCCGUUUGGGUUUGCUACUUGACCACGAUCAAAAUGGCAAUGCCGCCAACAAUACGAAUACCACCACCAGCAGUAGUUCAUCGCACAAUAUUAGUCCCGAGCAGACUUUGGCCACGGGCAGCUCUGGCCUCUCGGUAGAUCAUUAUGGAGGCAGCCAGCUGUCGGUAUCCACUAAGGAUGAUACCUAUAGCUUGAGUGGUAAAAUGAAAGCUUGCUCUCUGACGGAUAGUAAUGGUUAUGAAAUAUUGCCCUUGAAACCCCGAAAAUCGGUGGCCAGACGUUCGGCACGAUCCACACAAAUGGCGGGAAAUGCGAACAACAACAAUAAAAGGAAUGCCAUUUAUAAAACCCCAUCGUUACAACAACAAUUACCACCUGCCAUACAAUUGCCGUUGAAGCCUUUGUUCUUUGAGGUACCUUUGCAGGAACCCGAUCCACCAUUCAUCGGAAGACAAUGGUUAAUAAGAGAAUUGGCAAAUACCCUGACAGCCACAGAGACCCCAGGCGUGUUAAUAAAUGGCAACCCUGGUACGGGUAAAACUGCAUUUAUUCUGCAAUUGGUGGAGUACUCCUGUUUCGGACGCCGUAAUGCUGCCGCGAACUCUGUGGAAAGUGAUCCGGAUGGUAUUUAUUAUCAAAUAAGCUCGGUGACCGAUCGCCUACGUUCCCUGGCCUCUUAUGUGGUGGGUUAUCAUUUCUGUCAGGCAGAUGCCAAUCUGACGUGUUUGGUACCGGAUUUUGUUCAUUCCCUGGCGGCGCAGUUAUGUCAAGCACCCCAAUUGGCGGCAUAUCGGGAGUAUCUGCUCAAUGAAACCCAUUUGCAGGAUAUACUCAGCGUCAAGGAGUGUAUUGCCGAUGCGGAAAGGGUUAUGCGCAUGGCCAUAUUGGAACCUUUGACAGUGUUGAAGAGAGCUGGAAAGAUCCCUGCCAAAACAUGCAUCAUCCUGGUGGAUGCUCUCUGUGAAGCGGAAUAUCAUCGUCCCGACCAUGGCCACACCAUUGCCACAUUUCUUGCCAAAAUGACCCAAUAUUUCCCCUCCUGGUUGAAGGUGGUGGCCACGGUGCGCACUCAAAUGUUGGAGUUCGUCAAGGGGUUGUCCUACACCAAAAUGACCCUGGACAGUUGGGCCUCCAAUGAUCUGCUGCAAAAAGAUAUGCUCGAUUAUAUCACCUUCCGUGUCAACAAUUCCGUGGAGAUUCAAAAAAAUGUAGCCGUCGUUAAGGAUCACAACACGGGACAAUUGAAAUUUAUUGGCCACCUGCAAUCCCUGACCAAGGGUUCGAUGCUGUAUGCCAAGCUUAUCCUGGAUCUCAUUGAAAAGGGCCAGCUGGUCAUUAAGUCCACGAGUUAUAAGGUCUUGCCUAUAUCACUGGCUCAGAUUUUCCUGCUGCAUUUCAAUCUACGUUUCCCAACUUCGUGUAGCUUUGAGAAGGCUGCUCCGAUACUUAAUGUAUGCCUGGCUGCCCUGUACCCCUUGACCCUGAAUGAGAUUUACUACACCGUUUGCGCCAUGAAAACCGAUGAAGUAAUGCCUUGGGAUGAAUUCCUGCAGAGGUUCAAGCUGCUCGACGGAUUCCUAAUCAAGCGGAUCGACAAUACCUAUAUGUUCUUCCACUCGUCCUUCCGGGAGUGGUUGAUACGCCGCGAUGAAGGUGAAUCGACGAAAUUCCUGUGUGAUUUCCGUUUGGGCCAUGCCGCAAUUGCAUUCCGUUUGUCAAGGCUCCAGCCGCCCCUGGAUGCGGAACAGACACUGGAACUAGGUCAUCAUAUGCUGAAGGCCCACAUUUACCGCAACAAUCAGGGUCCACAGUCGCCGCGUGAUAUGCAAUCGUAUUGGGUGUCGACCGUAUCGGAUAAUGUCUCCGCGGCCUUGGGUUCGCUGCGCAAUGUCUACAGCCCCAAUUUGAAGGUGUCACGCCUCAUACUCCUGGCCGGAGCUUCACCUCACUACCGCACCGAAUUUAUGGGAGAUGCCACAAUUCUUUGCAUUGCCGCUUAUGAGGGCAUAGUGCCCAUGGUAAGCCUCCUACUAGAAUUCGGAGCCGAUGUCGGCUUGACCAACAGUCAAGGUUGUACACCCCUCAUUCUGGCUGCCAUGCGGGGCCAUUGUGAUGUUGUACGCCUCCUAGUGGCUGCUGGCAGUAGUCUCGGUCAAUGUGAUACCACUCAGCGUUGUGCUUUGGUCCAGGCGGCCCGCAUGGGACGCCUAAAUGUUGUCAAAUAUUUACUGGCCUGUGAUUGGACACCACGGCCGAAUUCCAAUGAUGUCAACCUACCCACUGCCAUACAUCAAUCCCUAAUAGCAGCUGCCUCACAGGAUCACAUUACCAUUCUCGAAGAUCUGCUCGAUAUGGAGGAUAUCGAUGUCAAUGCCAUUGAACCAUGUUCGGGAGAAUUGGCUCUGACCUCGGCGGCUCGCAAUGGCUGUCUCAAUACCGUUGAAGUCCUAUUGACCCGCGGUGCCAACAUUGAUCUACAUAAUAAGCAAGGGUUCACCGCCCUCGGCCUCUCCGUCAAGGAAGGUCACUGGGCCGUGGCCGAAAAGCUGCUGCAAAGCGGUGCCGAUCUCGAUGAACCGGUCACCUCGGCCCGCAAGACUGCUCUAAUGAUUGCUGCCGAAGAGGGCCAUCUGGAAAUUCUUGAAAUGCUUAUUGAGCGGGGUGCCAACCUCGAGACCCAAGAUCAUGAAGGAUUCACCGCCCUCUCAUGGGCUUGCCUGAGAGGACGGCAAACAGCCGCCAAAAUCCUAAUCGACAAAGGGUGCAACAAAAAUCAUGCCGAUAAUAAUGGUCGCACCGGCCUCGAUUUAGCUGCCUAUCAAGGCUCUGCCCAUUUGGUGCAAUAUCUGAUGGAACAAGGUGCCAAUAUCGAACAUGUUGAUGUUAAUGGUAUGCGUCCGCUGGAUCGUGCCAUUGCCUGUCGUAACAUACAAGUGGUACAGGUAUUCUUACGUAAAGGUGCCAAACUGGGGCCUACCACCUGGAAUAUGGCCAUGGGUAAACCGGAAAUCUUGGUGGUUCUAUUGAAUAAAUUACUCGAAGAUGGUAAUGUUCUAUAUCGGAAAAAUCGUUUCCAUGAGGCGGCACAUCGUUAUCAAUAUGCUUUGAGGAAAAUCGCCAAUUUGGAAAGUCUUCUGGAGCGAAGUGCAAUAUUUGCCCAGCUGAGAACAAAUCUAUUGUUGAAUUUGUCGCGAUGCAAGAGGAAACUGAAUGAACUUGAUGAAUCAAUAGAUUUGGCCUCACAGGCUAUCGCACAAAAACCCAGCAGCUAUGAAGGCUAUUAUGCCCGGGCCAAGGCACGCAUGGAACAUGGUGAUCUGAAUGAAGCAUUGGCUGAUGCCAAUGAGGCCAUGCAAAAGGCAGCACAAAGUGGUGUUCUAAACGAAGUCAUCGAAGUGCUCAAACGUAUACAGGCUGAACUGCUGCAACGCAUUACAAACGAGGGACGUUCACAACAAACAUCCUCGUCCACUUCGUCUGGUUACGAAGUAAGCAAUGGCAGUGGUGCAACAGCUGGAGUAUACAAUGAGACGGGAGAAUCUCAUCAGCAUGAGAUAACGGAUUUAUAA